ACAAGCACAGAUAGCAUGUACGUGCCAUGGUGUUUUGGCGUGUGGCCGCAGUGUCACUGUGGCCCUGCAGGGGGCACUUCAUCGAGCUUCCGGGUCUUCGUUGCACGGAGCUGCCACAGCAUCCACUGGGCUCCAAAGGCGACCGCUGGAGUGACGACUUGGAACUGGACGCCAGGAAUGCUUGCGAUGACACAGAUUCGUGUACUGGCUUCAUGCGAUACACAGGUGACAACGAUCAACACUGCUUCGACUGGUGUGGUCGGCCACAAUUUUGCAUGCCCGUGUCGGACCAGGACAAACGUCCGUUCGCACCGAAUGCGGCAUGGACCAGCUACGUAAAGUCGGAGUACUUGGAGGGUCUUGGAAUCUCCCAUGCAGAUCUUCGUGGAUACCUCCCUGGACGAGCGCAGCCAAAGAAGCCCCUAGAUGGCGAGCUUGCGCGCGAGGUGAAUUGCGAUGGAACUGGCUUCGGACAAAGUUCCGAUGUGAUGCUCAUAGGACCAGACCGGCUCAAUGGUGUGGUGAAUGGCUCCCAUCCCCUGCAGCCUGGCUGCCACGUUCUUUAUUUGUCAGUUGGUGACCCGCCGGAGUUGCUCAACAACCAAGCAGUGCAUGGCGUGUUAAGCGAAAUCGAGGAUGCAGUGCUGCCAGUCUUCUCUGCCAGCGUGCCAGAUCAGGAUUUUGCUCCAGGCACUGCGCUGCCCAAGUUGCCCAGGCGUUACUACUUUGAUGCUGUGCCUGAAUUUCCCACCACGGUUGCCUACAGAAAGAAGUAUGUCCUGUCGGUGUAUUUUUUGUCUCCAGAGAGUUAUUGCCCUGGUCCAAACAAUACACGACUCAGCCCUGAGAAGGUGAAAGGCGAUCUUUCACCACAGCAUGUCUACAUCGAAGAUGGAACUCAUCAAACACGGGAAGCUGCGUUUAAGCACUAUCACUUCACCAUGUUCUGCGGUGAUUUCUCGUUGUCACCAUUUCCUCCACUGGCCUUGGUCUACUCUCUAGCAUAUGUGGCACACGCCAUGGCACCAGAAUUUAUCCAUUGGAAGUCCAGCCGAAUGUUUUUCCACCUGCCAGAUGCGGCACAGGGCGUGCGCUCGACCACUUUCACCAACCUGGAAGCAUACUUGCAGAACAUGAUGACCGCACCCUCCCAAGAGAAGGUCAUGGAGUUCAAAGAAACCUUCACGCUCUUGUCACAGGUGCUUUUUCGCUAUCGUUACGUGGAGCCCAUCCGCCACCGCGCUGACGUGGCGGCCUGCGGCCUUUGCGAUGCGCGGGAUCGUGAACGGCGAAGGGCCGAGCAGCAACAAGCAAAUGCCAAGGUUGCGGUGGCUUUCUGCAUCAUGAGCCGGCGAAGUGCACAUGAGCUGCGCAAGGUGGUACGAGAGACCUGGGGGAAAGGCUUGGCUGGCAAAGCACCGAGUGUCGUGCAGCGCUUCUUUGUGGGGAAGGCUGCGAACACGUCUCAUGCUUUGCAUGAUCUGGACGAUGUCGUGGAGUUGCCAGUGGUGGAGUCCUACCGUACACUGAACAUCAAGGCUUUAUCGAUGUUGUCCUGGGCUCACAAGACGUAUCCCAACUUGCAGUGGUUGGUCAGACAUGACGACGAUGUCUAUUUGAGGGCUCCAGCAUUGCUGGCUCAGCUCUCUAGCAGACCACCGAUCCGAUAUUUCUGGGGCAUGUUCGACCACGGUUCAAGCCCGGUGAGAGAUCCGUCGCAUCAGCACUACAACUCCUACGAACAGUUCCCCAAACAAGAACAUCCGGCCUGGGGCGAUAUUUUUCCGCCCUACGCGAGGGGACUGCUCUGGGCUAUGUCAGUUGACCUGGUAGCCGCGACUGUGAAAGAGUUCAUGGCAGACCGGGAGGAUCAGCCGGACAUCCCCUUGGAUGAGGUGGCUGCAAGUAGUCUUCCCCACCCAGAUGAUCCUGCAGUUGGAGUGCUUAUCGCUGGCUUGGUGCAGCGCGGCAUGUCUGUGAACCUUGAUGACCGGGACUUCAAUUCCUUCUCGCUGAACCCGUCCUGCAAUUCUACUUUCUCCAAUAUCCACAAUCGCACC